UACAAAUGGCAAGGGGCCUGCCACACCCCCUCCCUUACUGUUAUCCUGGUUGACUGUGACAACCUGUCCCCCUGUCCCUAGCUUGUAGGGAUGGGUGAUCCCUCAGUCCCUGUGAGUGAUGACUGCGUCAUUACCCUUCAGUGCAGAUUGGUUUAUUAUUGGCGCAUGUUCUGAGGUGCGGUAAAAAAUCUUUGCAUGCCUUCGUUACAGUCCAUUUGACCAGAUCAGUACAUCGAGGUUGUACGAGGGGAAAGCAAUUACAAAAUGCAGAAUAAACUAUUACAGUUACAGAGAAAGUGUGGUAGACUUUGGGGUCAAGAGUCCAUUUGUUGUCCAUGAGGGCCAUUUCAUAGUACGAUAACAGUGCAAUUAAAGCUGUCUUUGAUGGUACAUGCUUUCAGGCUUUUGUGUCUUCUGCCAAAUGGAAGGGGUGAAGGAGAGUGAAUGUUCAAGAUGGAGAGGAUCUUUGAUUAUAUUGGCUGCUUGACUGAGUCAACGAGGUGUAGACAGACUCCACUGAGGGCAGGCUGGUUUCCGUGAUGUGCUGAGCUGCGUCCACAUCUCUGCAGGCUCUUGCGGUCCCUGGCAGAGCAACUGCCAUGUUGAGUCUGGAUGGGAUUAUUUCCGUGGUGUCUCGAUAAAAGGGUUGAAAGAGACAGGUUUUAUUUACAUUGGAAAGGCUUAGGAAGUUCUUCCCUGAGUGUUGGUGAUUCUGGGGAAUUCUCUGCCUCCAAGAGUGUUGGAGGCUGGAUCUCUGUCAGUGUCGAUGGACAUUUGAGGGCUCGGGGUGGUGAGGGUGGAGGAUUGAGCGCAGUGGGGCACUGGGACUGAAAGGGAAUAAGGGAGAAAGAAGGUACAGGGACCAGCGACCAAUCGGAGACCAAUCAGCAAUCGGGAGUGAUUGGCUAGAAUAAAUUAAAAUAAGGCAGGGGCAAGCAGAACGGUCAGCAUUGGAGUGGACAGUGUUAGAGUGAGGAUUUUGAGACUGCAGCUCUUCAGUGCUUCAUUGAGGAGAGACUUGGGAGAGAAAGCGAAAAGCUGUAGGUAGAUUUUUCCCCCAAAGUUUAUUUAUUGUUCUUCAGUUUUUAUGUUUGCUCAGUUAGAACAGUAGGGACACCAGGCAGGAUAGUUGAAUGCUCUUCUUCUAGGAUGUUUGAAAGCAAGACAGUGUCCAUAUUGACCACUCCUGUGAGAAGUGCAUUGAACUGCAGUUUCUAAGAUGCUACAUUAAGGAGUCUGAAUUUGAGCUGGAACUGAAUGUCAUUACUGAGGCCGAGGGGGUGAUAGACAGGACAUUUGAGAGGUAGUUAUACUCAAGGUGCAGGUCACAGCAAACUGUGUGACAAUCAGGAGUGGGAAAACGAUUAAACAACCAGUACAUAGUACCCAUUUGGCCAUCCCCCUCAACAACAGAUAUACGACUUUGGAUACUCUUGCAUGGGAUGACUUAGCAGCGGAAUGUCUCUGGCAGUCUGGCUCUGUGACUCUGAAAGGAAGGGAAAGAAGAUGCGAGAUGUGAUUUGAGAGGAUUCAUUAGUUUGGUGGACCAGAACAGGGAUCCUGUGGACAAGAACGAGAUUACUGCAUGGUGAAGUUUGAUCUGGUUGUGUCUGCCUACUCCUUGUCCGAACUGCCUACCUGUGCGGACCGUUGCCGUGUGCUUGAGACCCUGUGGAGGAAGACGCAGGGGUUUCUGGUGCUGAUCGAGAACGGGACCCGAGAUGGCCACCAGAUUCUGAUGGAGGCUCGCAACCUCGUCCUGAAGGCAGAUGAGGAGCCUCUCGGUCAUGUCUUUGCCCCGUGUUCCCACGACCUGGCGUGUCCCAAACUGGCAGGCAGUGUCCCGCAGCCAUGUAACUUCAGUCAAGCUUACCAUCCACUGCCAUUCUCCUGGAACCCUGGGGUGAAACAGGAGCUCUUCUCUUACCUGGUGCUGGGACGAGGUGCACGCACGGAGGGGGAAGACUGGCCCCGGGUAAUCCGCCCCGUCCUGUGCCGUCCUCGGCACGUCCACGCCCACCUCUGCUGUCCCGAUGGAACACUGCAGCACUUGGUGCUCACGGCCCGCAAAAGCGGCAGGGAUUGCUACCGAUGGGCCCGCAACUGCUCAUGGGGAGAUCGCUUGCCCACGUCCUCUAGUGAGGUCACCGCGGCGGACGGGAGUCAGAUCGCCAGCUGUGUCUCCGGGGCGGAGCCCUGAGACGCAUCCAUUGCUCACCUUCACAACUUCACCUUCCUCCAAUGGAGCGGGGGCACAAAGCCACGUUGGACACAGCCCUGUAGGAAACUUGACCAGAGAGGGGGCACUGAGGCCCUCCAACUGUAACAACUCCCGAACUCCAUCACAACAAGGGAACGGCCCAGUCUGUACGAUCGGUCGUCUUCCAGGAACCCGGAGGGUGCAGGGACUUAGAUCCUGGUUUACAUGGCAGGUUGGAAGACACAAUUUGUUCAGAUAAAAGACUUUCUGCGAUUUAACAUUGAAUGCUUGGUGAGUGUUUGGGAUCUUCUUCCUCGAAGUUGAGGAAGAAGUCCUGGGAGAGACAACUGGAAUUGAUGUCCUCAUCCAAUGGAGAUCAUUCCUGGCAUUGCGCCAGAGCAGAUACAGGGGCUAAUGCAUGACAGCACAGCCCAAUUUUGUCAUUGAGUUUAUAUAUGGGGUUAUACAGCAGGGAAACAAACCUUUCGGCCUUACUCAUCCAUCACCGACUAAGCUGUCCGUCUGUACCAUUCCUAUUUAUCGCCAUUUGGCCCAGGCCAUUGCGUACAGUACUCUCGGUGCAGUUUCACCAAUAUCUCACACAGGUUUACAACAUCCACACUCCUUUGCAAUAAAGGUGAGCAAGCCAUCCACGGAUUUCCUUUGCCACCUCUUUCGGGGCCCUUGGCACUUGCGCCUCCCAGGAUC